GUUGAAGUGUAAGAAGCAGAAGUAUUUCUACAUCCAUGUUUAGAAUCUAUUGUCGGCUAUGGAUAAACUUAAUUUUUUUAUGAAGAUUUGUAUAUUCCAGAAUAUAUCUAUCUGACGUCACAAAAAAAAUAUAGCAUCGAAAUUUACUGUUUUCAGAAUAAUUUUGAUUGGACCAUUAUUUUAAUUUGAAACCUGAUAAAGAAAGGAAAAUGACAUCCAAAAUAUUGCCCAAAUUAGUAGUAUUUGAUCUAGAUUAUACAUUGUGGCCUUUUUGGAUUGACACUCAUGUAACACCUCCUUUUCGAAAAGACAAGAAUAUCAUUGUUGAUCUGCAUGGUAGCAAAGUUGAUACCUACAAGGAAUCGACCCUAGUUUUGCAGAAACUUGGAGAACUUAAAUGUGAUAUGGCUGUUGCUUCACGGACUAGUGAAAUAGAUGGAGCUAAUCAAUUAAUUAAACUUCUUGAUUGGGAAAGUUUCUUUAAAUACAAGGAAAUAUAUCCGGGUUGCAAAGUUUCACACUUCAAACAGUUUCAUAAACUAUCAAAUAUAAGAUAUGAGGAUAUGUUAUUUUUUGAUGAUGAGCGUCGAAAUAUCAUGGAUCUUCGUAAAUUAAAUGUCACUUGUAUCUUAGUCGAAGAUGGAAUGACAUUAAAGUUAUUACAUGAAGGUCUUAAGCAAUAUGCAGAAAAACAUAAAUGAUGUAUUAUCAUUUGAAUGUAUCUUUAAUUUAAAAGUUUAUUCUAUAGGUGAUGUUUUUUUGUAAUUUAUAUUUUAAUUCCCUUUCAGUAUCUG